CACACGCCCGCUUCUCCUGCGCCCCCAUAUCGCUCGUCCAGCCUUGUCCUCUGACGACCAUGUCCGCUCACCUCCCGGCCCAGGAUGAGCCCACUCUCCGCUCGCCCUUCGCGGACUCCGCCGCCGCUUCGGCCACUGGCGGACACUCGGCCACACCCUCUCUGGAGAAUGCUACGGACAGGCUAGACGAACCCGCGACACCGUACGGCAACCCGUUCUCGCCUCCGGGUACCCCUGGUACUCGCGACUCGUACGUCGGCGGGACAACACCCGCUGCCUCUCGCCCAUUGCUACCAGAGGACCCAAAUCGUGGAUCGGAAGCACUACUUGGUGCCGGCGCUGGGGCGGCAGCGUUUGACGAGAAGGCGGGCGCAGGAGUUCCCGCUAGGCGCAGACGCCUUGGCUUGUGGCUGGGCAUCGGUGCCGCAGCGAUCGUGGUCGUCGUACUGGCCGUCGUUCUCCCCGUCUAUUUCACUGUGAUCAAGAAGCACAACAACAGCAGUUCGGGGUCGAAGAGUGGCUCGGGUUCUGGUGGCAGUUCUGGUGGUUCUGGCACCAAUCCGGAGUCGCCCACCGGCGCGAUUACGGGCGGGGAUGGGUCGACGAUUACGAUGGACGGGGGCACUUCAUUCACGUAUACGAACCAGUUCGGGGGCUUCUGGGUGGACGAUCCGACCGACCCGUACAACAACAGUGCACGCGCACAGUCGUUCACGCCUGCGUUGAACGAGCCAUGGGACUACUCGACGGACCAGAUCCGCGGUGUCAACCUCGGCGGCUGGCUCGUCCUUGAGCCGUUUAUCGCCCCUUCGCUCUUCGAGAAGUACCAAAACGUGACGCCGAGCCCGGCCCUUCCUGGCGGAAACGUCGUUGACGAAUGGAGCUUGAGCGUCGCGAUGCUCAACGAUACGAGCGAGGGCGGGGGUAUCCAGCAGAUUGAGGACCACUAUGCCACGUUCAUUACCGAGCAGGACUUCGCGCAGAUCGCCGGUGCAGGCCUCAACUGGGUCCGUCUGCCGAUGCCCUACUGGGCGAUCGAGACGUGGCCGGGCGAGCCGUUCCUGGAGAAUGCGGCGUGGAAGUACGUGCUGCUCGCGUUCAAGUGGGCGCGCAAGUACGGCCUCCGCAUCUACCUCGAGCUGCACACCGUGCCCGGGUCACAGAACGGGUACAACCAUUCUGGACGUCUGGGCCCGGUGAACUUCCUGAAUGGGUUUAUGGGUAUCGCGAACGCGCAGCGGACGAUGGACUACGUCCGGUAUAUUGCGGAGUUCAUCAGCCAGGAGGAGUAUCAGGACGUUGUGCCGAUGUUUGGUGUCGUCAACGAGCCGCUGUUAGGUAUUAUCGGGAGGGACCAGUUGACCCGAUUCUAUCUUCAGGCGCACGACAUGAUUCGUGGCAUUACGGGCAUUGGCAAGGGCGCGUACAUCGUCAUUCAUGACGGGUUCCAGAGUACUGGAUCUUGGAAGGACUUCUUGCCGGGUUCUGACCGCAUCAUCUUGGACACGCAUCCUUAUGUGGCGUUUGGAGGGGACUUCAACCACCCGCUCGACUACUGGCCGCAAGUGGGAUGCGUCGCAUACACCAACAACCAGUCGCAGACCGAUUUCGGCAUCACGCUAUCGGGCGAGUUCAGCGGUGCGAUCAACAACUGUGGCAAGUGGGUGCAGAACAUCGGGACGGACUCGACGCUCGCGGACUGCGACACGUGGAACGACUGGCAGAACUGGACGCAGGACAUGAAGACGGGCAUCAAGAACUUCGUCAUGUCCCAGAUGGACGGCAUGCACCUGCCCGGCUACUUCUACUGGACGUGGAAGGUCGGCAACUCGUCCGUCACUGGCAAGGUGGAAGCGCCGUUUUGGUCGUACAAGCUUGGCCUCGAUAACGGCUGGAUUCCGACCGAUCCCCGCGAGGCCCUCGGGCUCUGCCAGUCGCUCAACUUCCCCCAAAACGUUCCCUGGAACGGCACGUACCAGUCGUGGCAGACUGGCGGUGCGGGUGCCGGUACUAUCGCGGCGACCGCGGUCGCCUCGUUCUCGCAGUACCCACCCCCCGAGAUCUCCAACGUCAGCGGCGAGGAUGCGGCGCAACUGCCCAUGUUCACUGCCACGAGCGCCGUACCGACGUUGCCGACACCUACUUUCUCCGCUGCGACUGUUACCGGCGGCGAUGGCUGGGCGGACCCCAAGGACACCAGUCUGGCUGCAGUGCAGAUUGCAGGGUGCGCGUACCCGAACGCGUGGGGCCCUCAACCGGGUUCGACGGCGGCGGUAUGUGGAGGGGCGACGGCGGCACCCGCUGCAGCUACGCCCGCGCCUGCGGCUGUGACGACCCCCGCCUGAAGCUGUCUUGAUGCCACGCACAUUUACGCUGCUACCACUGAUGGAUAGGAUAUGGACUUGGAUCUGGAACUACACGGCUGCUCUCACGACGGACUCGCUUGCCUGCUCUAGUGUACGUCUCAUGGACCCCUUCUCGUCUGUAGCCUGGCGCGCGCACACGCACGUUGAUAGAUGAUGCAUAUGUGCCACACGUAGACGACUCGGACGCCCCCCGACUCAUGACCGUACACGUACGUACUCUGUACUCACGCCCGCUGGCUAUUUCUUGGUUGACGCUUCCGGCCUCGAUCCUGCCCCUCUUUUUCGCUACUACUUACUCGCUCGGGUACCUUUCCCGCCCUGUCCCUUGUUGUUGUGACUUUGAGAUUUGUACCGCUGCUGUAACUACAUAUACCGGACAUUGCGUACGGAUACC